CGGGGGCUUCACGCGAGCCCCGCACACCGCAUCUUCCUCGGCGGAACGUGCGCAGCCCUCGCGCGCUGUCACGCACAGCGAAAACCGACGUUCCAACCCCCGGCGUAGACCCUCGAGUCCCCGCAGAGGCGCGGGGAGGUGUUUUCGGCUGAGUUGCGCGAUUUUAACGAAGUGCACGCUUGCUGUAAAAAAGAAAAAAGAAAAAAGGUUGCCGGGAAGACUUCUGAAAAAAAUGCUGAUUGGUGGGUGGCAGCUACUAGGCGGUCACUAGGUCACGGCUGUCUGUCAGGGCUAACAUGGAACGAGAGGGCUCAUUUAGGAGGAUUUCGAGGAGUCUCCACAGCAAACUGAGGUUGGGAAGCGGCUCGUCCUCCAGUCUGACUGACCUCUCGCAGGCGAAAACCCAAGCAGGGGGAGGUGGGGAGAAGGGAGGAACAGCUGGGGGGCUGGCAGAGGAGUGCAGUAAAGACAAAGGGACCCAGCAGAGGCGCGCCGGGGCCAACGCCACUUGGAACAGCAUCCACAAUGCAGUCAUCUCGGUUUUCCAGAGGAAGGAUCUGGGAGAAAACGAACUCUACACUCUGAAUGAAGGUGUCAGACAGCUGCUGAAGACAGAGCUGGGCUCCUUCUUUACGGAGUACCUUCAGAACCAGCUGCUCACUAAAGGCAUGGUCAUACUGAGAGACAAGAUCCGCUUCUAUGAAGGUCAGAAGUUGUUGGACUCUCUGGCCGACACAUGGGACUUCUUCUUCUGUGAUGUUCUGUCCAUGCUGCAGGCCAUUUUCUAUCCUGUACAGGGAAAGGAGCCAUCAGUGCGUCAGCUGGCUCUGCUCCACUUCAGGAACAUCAUCGCCCUAAACCUGAAACUGGACGAAGCUCUCUCUCGACCCAGAGCCCGUGUUCCGCCUUCUAUCAUACAGAUGCUGCUAAUACUGCAGGGUGUCCAUGAAUCUAAAGGUGUAACAGACGACUACCUGCGUCUGGAGUCUCUCAUCCAGAAGGUGGUCUCUCCCUACCUGGGAACUAAUGGCUUAUAUUCCAGAGAUGGAUCCUCCAGUCUGCACUGCUCCUACUGCCUAUUAGAAAAGUGUUUGCAGCGCUCCGGGCCCUCCAAACCAGGCAACGCUCCCAUCGCCAAAAAUCCAGUGGUACGGUCUAAGAGCUACAAUGUUCCCAUGCUGACCCCUGUGGUGGAAUAUGACGUGGACUGCUCCAUAGGAGGUGGCACAGGUAUCAGACGACACUCCGUCUCUGAGAUGACUUCCUGUGUGGAGGAGAGCACCUCUGUGGCCGAAUGCACCACCAACGCCACCAGUAACGCCAGCACGUCCAGCCUCGCCCACCUCUCCCCCGCUUCCGCAGAAUUUACUGCACUUUCAGACCCUGUGACCUCCAGCCAGGACGCCCAGCCCAGAGUCGCUGACAGUCCCGUGGGUCCCCACCCUCACCGGCCGCAGCAUUGCUCCCCAGGCAUCCUUCCUGAAGCCUCCCCAUGUGAGGACGCACACGGCACAGGAUCGCUGGUGUGGGACUCCCCCUCGUCCUCCAGAGGGCUGGCUCAAGACACGAGCUCCGGUCCCAGUCCGUCGUCCAGUCUGGAGAUUACGAUGGACCACGUCCUGGAGUCUUUUGACUCAGAGCCGGAGCAAGACGGCAUCUUUCUGGACUUCUCACGACGUUGUUCUGGAGCGUCCACACACAGCAGAGACAGCAGCAGGCAGAGUGUGGCAUGACACACACAGACACACACACACAAGCCCUCUUAUCUAAGGACAUAUAAAUGUAUUAUGCAGGGACAUGUGCAAACAAUGCUGAGCCAUUACUGACAUUCCUUACACCCUUUGAUGUCCCGUGCUUUUUCCUCAGAACUCUAGAUCAUCAGGGGUUCGGUCAAACUGAAUUAUUUUUCUAUGUAUUGUUGUCUUCUAUCUCUAAAAACAAGUCUAUACUCAUGAUGACCAGUAAAUAUUUCAAUUUUGCAAUUUUUGAGGUGUGUGUCCCCAGUUGGAAACAUCAGCACUGCCCCUCUGGGAAGCUGUAAUCACUUCAAUCACUUGACUUUCAAACUAAACUAUAACCAAUAAAACUAUUGUAAAGUAGACAAGAGUGAUUAUUACAAAGGUUUUCUCCCUCAGAGGGGAUUUCUCCCUGUUUUCUCUUAUAAUUAGAAGCUUGGGGAAAAAACAAAGAACCAGUGAUGAUGACACAUU